GACUUAAACAGCUUGUAACAGUACUUUGAACGAUCUGCGCUUGCUGGGAUUGGUCGAUCUCUCUUACGCAAGAGGCCCUUUUGUGGUUGGAUGGUUUCUGGUGUUCAUUCAGUCAGAGCGUGUGUGAUACAUGCAUGGCAGUCUUCCUGCCUCUUCACAGAACACACCAUAUAUGGCUUCUUUUUGACAUUCAACAACAGCUCACAGCUCACCCAUAUACCCACAAUGCACUCUCUAUUUAGUCCAAGCUUUACACUGAGCUCAGCAAUAUAUCAUCAUAAACUGAUCAAACCAAGCAGCUGAGCACAGCGGAUAUAUAUGGGCCAGUAGGGGCCUGCUGCGCCUACUGGUAGGCUCAGAAGGCUGUUAUCAUCCAUCCACAUGGUUAAUCACCGACAAAUACAAGAGAAGACUCCAGAUCCAAUACCAGAGGAAUCCAGCUCGCCGGUAAUCGGAGGUCUACUGAAUGACGCAGCAACGUUGCAAUAUUUCGCGCUUGAUAUUUUCAGAUAUGGGAAAAACAGUUAAGACCACACGUUCCAGGAGCGUUAAGAUUAAGGUGGUGAGGAGGUGUAUCGUUGGCCCUGCAAAGGUUUCUUACCUUAGUCAAGGUCUUCCCCAGCCCAACUCCAAACAGACCGACCCGACUAUUACAUCUCAACAGGCUGAACCCGAUGAUGUGGCACCGAGCUGUAGUUCUUGUUCUGAGAGUGCAUACAGUAAGGCAAAGAAGAGAGAGCUACAUGCCUGGGAUGCAGUCAAGGAUGACAUGCUUAAGGUGUCAUUUGAAUGUUCAGCACCAAUCGCUACCCAGUGUGUUGUCUGUCUAGAACAUGCUGAUUACAGGUGCAUUGAGUGCAGCAGCACUGCAGUGUUUUGUGAGGGUUGUCUGAAGAGGACUCACAGAAAUUCACUGCAUCUUUCUGAUAAGUGGAAUAAUGUCUACUAUGAGCCAUCCUCCCUGGGGUUAUUCCUAUAUUUACCUGAAGGCCAUAGCACCCAUGCUGUGUACACAAAGGACAUGAAGGUCAUUGUCAGCACAGGACGGCUCUGCACCGUCACAGUCAAUAUGUGUGCAUGUGAACCAGAAACCUGUACUUUGCUCAGGUAUGGUCUCUGGCCGGCAAUAGCCGACAAGCCCCACACAGCCUUCUCCAUACCUCUGCUAGAGCUUUUUGUUUGUCUGUCACUGGAGUGUCAGGUUUCUGUUGAGGGUUUUUGCAACACCCUGCGCUGGAAAAACAACCUCACACUUGCAGAGGUUAACACACUCUACAGAGCCCUGGUGGGAGAAUCCAUAUCCCAUUUUAGGCAUCACCACAAAGAAGUUUGGUAGAUAUUUGCCCACAAUUAGAUGAUGGGACCAUAUGCCCAGCAUGCCCAAAGGCGGAUGGGGAUAUGAUUGUUACAUUGGAUGCCAACUUUGGCCUUGUGAGGAAGCACAGCUCAGGUACAAGUGCGGUUGAGCCAUUACACGGAACCCGCAUGUUUGUUAAUGAAAAGGAUGUAGAGGAAUACCUGCUAUCACAUCUUGACAGCUCAAAGCCUCACGAGGACUGCAGUAACUUCAAGGCUGGCAACGUGCUGAGGUCACAAAAACAAGCAAAUAAACUUGAUGUUACAGGAGUGUUUGGAGCCUCUUGUCGUCAUGAAAUGCCCCUAAUGUUUGUCAACAUGAGCCAAGGAGAACGAUUAGCCUAUCCCCUGUAUGUCAUCGAUGAGCUACUUCGAAGAUGUGAGGACAAGAACAUACACCUGCGAGUAGUCUAUGACAUUGCCUGUGUUGUUGCCUCACAUUUGCAUAUCAAGUACAGCACUAGGCGGCUCGAUGGGUUUGGGCUCACAGACGGGGAAGGAAUGGAAAGGCUGUGGUCUUUUCUCCGAAGAUUUGCCAGAGUCACAAAGGAGAUGAGUCCAUCUCACCGCCUCGAUCUGUUGACUGAUGCCCUUUUGCAUUAUGGACGGAGGAAAUCAACUGACCUAGAGAUGCAGCUCCUGCAAAGACUAGACAGAGCAGAGAAAAUAUCAAUUCUCGCUCAAGAAGACAUCUCAUCUGUCAUCAGAGACGCACCAGUGUUGGUUUCUGAGGGAGACAUGGAGAAAUGGAAGAAAAGAGAGAUGGAGCUAGCCCAUCAGAAACAGAGACCAAUAAACACUGUCUGUAAAUGGAAAAGGGACUACAUCAUCCAGCUGAUUCAGUUCUACAAGUUCAAAUCUGGGACUUGUGAGUCGUACAUGGAGUGUGAAACAGAAAUUGAGGACUCUCUGCUGAACAUAGAGAAAAAACACCGGAUUGGGAGAAGAUGGCAAGAAUCUGACUCAGACUUCCAAUCUACCCUUAAAGAUGUUGACUGUGAGCUCAGAGGACAACUAAUCUUCAAAGCUAGAACCGAAUCAAGGGAGAGAACAAUCCUCCUCCAUCUGAAAAGAAAAUAUCCAGGGGACUGAACAAAUGCUAGCAUUGUGCCUCAGCCGUCAUUCAGACCUGGCCUCGCGUGACCAGGAGCACUAACAAACCAAGCGGUAUCCAUCACCUUGAUAAAGAACCCACAGGGGACACUCCUUUCCAGUCAGUCAGAACUGAAGAAGCCUCUUGGAUGAGAGGCGAAACAUUCAAGUAUGUAAUAGUGUGCUGGACCUUAGAUGGCUGCUGCCUGCCAUGAAACGAAGAACAGCCAGUAUGUGAGCAAGUUUGUGUUGGACGCUGGUGUUACAGGCAGAGGACUGCCUGGAGGGACCAGUGUGAACGAGCCGGGAAGCGCACGGCCGACCUGGGCAAAGAACUUUAUGUUGAAGUGUAUAUGUGUACGGCAGUGUGUGAAAUAAAGUCACUGGUUAGACAA